GGUGACGUCACAUGCUGCCUGCUUUGGGCCCGUAGACUUUUUUUUUUUGGGCCGCAGCUUGUACCAGGAGGACAAGUAUCCCAAACUAGGACUUUUUCUCCAACAGAUCACCAGCCGCAGCCGGAAAACACAUCCUCAAAAUGGGCAACUGUCAACCCACUAUCGUGCACUAUGAGGAUUUUGAUGUCGUGGCUGACAUUAAGGCCAUCCGUAAAGCCUGCAAAGGGUUUGGAACUGAUGAGCAGGCCAUCAUUGACAUCCUGGCAAACCGUAGCGCAGCUCAGCGUCAGGAAAUUAAAUAUGCCUAUUUUGAAAAGUAUGAUGAUGAGUUGGUGGAUGUUUUGAAAAAAGAAUUGUCUGGGAGCUUUGAGAACGCCAUCCUUGCCAUGCUGGACCCGCCCGUCGUCUUCGCUGUGAAGGAGCUGAGGAAGGCCAUGAAGGGAGCAGGCACUGAUGAAGACGUCCUGGUGGAGAUCCUGUGCACCGCCACCAACGCUGACAUUGCCAUGUUCAAGGAAUGCUACUUUCAAGUGCAUGAGCGUGACCUUGAAGCAGAUAUUGAGGGAGACACAAGCGGGGAUGUAAGGAAUCUGCUGACGGCUCUAUUGCAGGGCAACAGAGAUGAGAGUUACGAGGUGGAUGAGGAAUUGGCUGAACAAGAUGCUACCUGCCUGUUUGAGGCUGGAGAGGGUCGUUUUGGGACAGAUGAGUCCACUUUCAGCUACGUCCUGGCCUCCAGAAAUUACCUGCAGCUCCAGGCCACCUUCAAGAUAUAUGAGCAGCUUUCUGGAACUGAAAUUCUGGAUGCCAUUGAGAAUGAGACUUCUGGGACACUGAAGAAAUGCUACAUUGCUCUUGUGAGAGUUGCUAAGAACCCGCAGCUGUACUUUGCCAGACGUUUGCACGACGCAAUGAAAGGAGCGGGCACUGACGAGGACACCCUUAUUCGCAUCAUUGUGUGUCGCUCUGAGUACGAUUUGGAGACCAUCAAAGACAUGUACCUGGAGAAGUACGAUGUGUCUCUGAAGGAAGCCCUGAAGGACGAGUGCAGCGGGGACUUUAAGCGCCUCCUCCUGGCCAUCUGCCACUGAAAGUCUGUUAAGAGCAGGGCGGAUGUGGACGACAGCGGCAGAGACAGCAUGUAUGUUUAUACUGAGGGUGCUGCUGUUUUCUGUCUAAUAAACUAAUACUACACAGUCUCUCUAUGUGACAUUAUGUAGAAAGCAGGAGGGUGGAAGUGAUAGAACAAUUAACCUGGCCCAUGUCAAAAUCUGAGUUACUGUGAAUUCGGGUGGCUCUCUUUUUAAACUUUUUCCACAGGCAUUAAUUACAAAAGUUCCCAACGAACUAGAUUUACUCAUUUUUUCUGUGUCUGUCAAUGACUGCCCAUUUCUUAGUCAAUUUUUAGCUCCAGUCCUUAACACCUUUACCAGCAUUUUUACACAGUGAUAUGUAAGUUUAAGUCACUGUAAACAAGCACCAAAAUGAAUACAUUCCCAGGAGCUGACUGUAGUCACACUGAUGGAAUUACUGUGAGUGUGUAAAUUAAUUCCAGUGGUGUGAGGCUUGAUAGGAUAAUCACAUUGUAAACCUGUUUGUAUACUGGGAAAAAUCAGCCAUGGCCUCAGUAUGUCUCUGCUGCUGAUUAUUACCAUCGUAACCAAGUAUUAAUACUGUUUUAGAUCAAAUAGCUAUGUAUUCAUAUAUGCUUCUUUCUAUAUCUUUCACCCUCCAUGCCCCAAACUCAGUGACUGUUAUACUUCACUGCUGUUAUAACCAAUGCAAUCACUCCAUGUGGCUUGAAACGUGUGCGUUUAAAUGAAGGAAUGUGAAAGUUUAAAUUGAAGGAAUCUUAGCUGGUAUCAUGAAGGAUAUGCAAUGUUAUGUGAAUGGAUUUGUAUGAAACGCAGAAGAGAAUAUAUUUUUCAUCAGUUGCUUAUUGAAAGAUACUUUAUAUUGAUUUACAGUACAUGUUGCAUUUGUAUCUUCUACUACAAUUAGAUAAACUUGACAAAUCCAAAUACACCUCACCUUGUUAUAUAUGUAUUUCUUUUGUAUUUUACAACUAACACAGUAGAGUGUUUAAUAUAUAUAAUUUAGUUUACUGUUCUAGGUAGGCCAGAGGGUAUAUGAGAAGAAACAUUUAACAUCUAGGUAGUCUGAUGUCAUUUGUGUGUCUCUAUAAGGCAGCUGAGAUUUGUUAAAAGUACCACUAUUGUAAACAUUUUUGCAACAAGCUGAACUGCACUACACGAGAUAGUUAGAACAAAUCAACCAAAACAUCAGUUGGAGUUAUCAGUGGGACUAGUAUUUCUCUCUCUAGCCAAAGAAUUUUAUUCUACCUGCAAAUAAAGUUCUCUUUAACCUCA